UUCUUGAUUUUAAAGCAAAUCAAAAUUUGUAGAAACUGUAUGAUAAAAAUUGUAAGCAAAAGACUGAGCCAGCGCGUCGAUUGCAGACGAAAAUUGCCCGUAGAACAUCACCCGCCACAAGACCAACCAUUGAUUUUCCUCAACAUAAAAGAUAAUGGAAAUGGCCACCGCAAUGGAGAGUGUAGCAGCAAAUGCACUGCGCAGUGUGCUGUUCCGCGUUCAACAGGCGGCUGAACGAUCCGCCAGGCAAUCAUCUCAAGUAAGGGUUGUUGCCAUAGGCAAGACGAAACCCGUGUCUCUGAUAAAAGAAGUUUAUGAUGCGGGGCAUCGUUAUUUCGGGGAAAAUUAUGUUCAGGAGUUUCUCGAUAAAGCGCCACAACUUCCUGCGGAUAUCCAAUGGCAUUUUGUUGGGCACCUUCAGAGUAACAAGGCAAAAACUCUUCUAGCUGGUGUGCCCAACUUGUAUAUGGUUGAAAGUGUGGACAGUACCAAGAUUGCAAAUCACCUUGAUAGUGCUGUAGCAAGUCUUGGGAGGGCGCCCUUGAAAGUUUUGGUACAAGUUAACACAAGUGGUGAAGAAUCAAAAUAUGGUGUUGAGCCCUCAGAAUGUGUUCAGCUUGCCAAGCAUGUCAAGCACGAGUGUCGGAAUUUGGAAUUUUCAGGCCUCAUGACCAUAGGAAUGUUGGACUACUCAUCUAGACCCGAGAAUUUUGAGUCAUUGUCAGCUUGUAGAACUGAAGUUUGUAAAGCCCUUGAAAUACCGGAAGACCAAUGUGAACUGUCAAUGGGCAUGUCAGGCGACUUUGAGAAGGCAAUUGAAAUGGGAAGCACAAAUGUAAGGAUUGGCUCUACCAUAUUUGGAGCAAGAGAGUACCCUGCAAAGAAGUGAACCCGUUGGAAAGUCGCAUUCGAAGAGAGUUACUAUAUACUUGGUGAUGCUAGUAACGACAAAGGAGCUAUCAACUGUAUAGUUUGUGUAGACUACGGACAGUUAUUUCAAAUUUGUGCGGAACCUGUGGUACCUACGUUAUUGGUGUUGUCUUGAAUCAAAUAUAUGAUCUAUUGGUAACCAAAUAUUUAAUCAAAUACAACAUAUUUAUCUA